GGACACGUGACAAAUCCCUCUUUCUGAUUGGAUAGAUGAAACUGUCAUAGUGACGUCAGAUCUUUGUUGUGUUGUGACGUUAUACUUAUUGUAAAGAUUCAGAUUUCAGCAGACUUCCACGAUGGCUGGGCCUAUCAUUAGACAUACAAAUCAAUAUCCCGAUGCAUACUGGGAUGUAAGUUACUAUGUCCCUCCCCACCAAUACACUCCUGCCGAGAUUGAAAUGUACUUAAUAAGUCCCAGACCUCAAUUCCCCCCUCACGAGCCACCAAGACCAGUUCGUGAAUUCCUUAUUGUUUCAAAUUUGGAUGAUUGGUUUGAGGACAUCCUGGAUGAAGCACAGGAAGAAAUAGAAAUCGAAGCUAUUGCUGAUCCCAUCGCCCACCGGGAUAUUGUUACGGCAUUUUUCAAUGCCACAAAUAUAGAAUAUCCAAAAAAGAAAAAGACAUCAUGGAUUAGGAGGGGUAUUAACUUCUUAAGGAGGGCAUUGGCCCCCGUAAGAAUGCUUUGAAUUAAAAAAUGAGGCACAAAUCAAGCACAGAAUGAUGUAAGUCAACCACAUGUUACUGUUAAUGGUCACCUACAUGAAACUGUUAGAGGUCACCUGUAUGUAACUGUAAUUGUAAAGUCAACUACAUGUAACUGUUAUGUCAACUUCAUGUAACUGUAAAGUCAACUACAUGUAACUGUAAAGUCAAUUACAUGUAACUGUAAAGUCAACUACAUGUAACCUUUAGGUCGACUACACGUAUAUGUAACUGUUUGGUC